UGGCUCAAAGUUCACUUUCUAGCAGACAGGUGCUUGUUGAAAAUUACUACAGUGACAUACAUUUUCUAUGCUUUGUUACUUUGAAGUGACAGUCAUAAAAAAAUGGUUGAUUAUAAAGUAGUUGGGUCCAUUGCAUUUCUGGAAGUCAACAAUCCGCCUGUCAAUGCAUUGAGUCAUUCAGUGAGGGUUGGCUUAGUGGAAGGCCUUGACCACUCCAACAAGGAAAAAGCUGUUAAGGCCAUCGUCAUUAUUGGAAAAGGAUCGACCUUCAUAUCUGGUGCAGAUAUCAAAGAAUUUGGGAAACCUAUGCAAGGGCCAUGGCUAACUGCAGUGGGUGAACACAUCGAGGCGAGUGAGAAGCCUGUUAUUGCUGGUAUCCAUGGCAAUGCCCUAGGUGGGGGACUUGAAAUAGCCCUGUUUUCUCAUUACAGGAUUGCACUGAAAAGUGCAAGAGUGGGUUUUCCUGAAGUCCUCAUAGGCAUACUGCCUGGAGCUGCAGGAACACAGAGGUUGCCAAGGGUUACCACGGUGCCAGUUGCCAUGGAAAUGAUAGCCAGUGGACGGCAUGUUUCAGCUCCAGAUGCCUUGAAAUAUGGCAUUUUAGACAGGGUUGUUGAUAAAGAUCUGUCGUCAGAGUGCAUGAAGCUGGCCUACAACAUCAUCGGCAAACCGCUCCAUGAUCGCAGGUUACGGAACAGGCCUGUGACACCUGUGGAAAACCUCAAUGCUGUCUAUGAUGCUGCACUAGCGCAGGCAACAAGACGAUUUAAAGGCUUCAUAGCACCAGUGAAAUGCUUACAAGCUGUGAAGGCGGCAGUAACAGCAGUCAACUAUGAAGAAGGUGUAAAUGAAGAAUCAAGACUCUUCACGGACCUGAUGAGAUCUGGGCAGGCUCGGGCGUUGCAGUAUGCAUUCUUUGCUGAGCGAGCAACAGCAAGGUGGCAACUCCCAACAGGGGAAAGCUAUCGGACAUGUAAACCUCUCCCCAUAAAGACGGUCGGUGUGAUCGGUGCUGGCACCAUGGGAAGUGGCAUUGCGGUGACGGUGUUGAGAGCGGGCCUGCCUGUGACGUUGGUGGAACAAGAUAGGAAGUUCCUGGACCGGGGAGUUGCGAUGAUAAAGUCGGUGCUAGAAGGGAGUGUCCGCCUCAAGAAACUCAGUCCUCAGGGUUUGCAGAAGUGUAUGUCUCUGCUCAAAGCCACAGUCAACAUGGACGAUCUCCGGGAUGUCGACUUGGUGAUCGAGGCAGUCUUUGAGAGUCUCAGUCUGAAGAAGCAGAUAUUUGGGAGGCUGGACAAACUUUGUAAAGCUGAGACUAUCCUGUGCAGCAACACAUCUUCCCUGGACAUCAACAUGAUUGCGUCUGCAACAGAUCGCCCAGACAGGGUUGCAGGGAUGCAUUUCUUUGUGCCGGCCUAUGUGAUGAGACUUCUGGAGAAUGUGUAUGGAAAAGCAACGUCAGGGACAACAGUCGCCACCAUCAUGCAGUUGGGGAAGAAGCUUGGAAUGGUGUCUGUGCUGGUCGGCACCUGCAACUCCUUUGUGGCCAACAGGACCAUGCAGAAGUACGGCACACAGGCAACCUUUCUAGUGGAGGAAGGAAGCCUGCCGCAGGAAGUGGACCAGGUCCUCACAGACUUUGGGAUGCCCAUGGGGACGUUUGCUGUGGGAGACCUUUCAGGUCUGGACAUAGGAUGGAACAUCCGGAGAGAAAUAGCUCAGGCACAGGGCAUGACCUUGACCUUUGCUACACGUUUCAUGGGCGGCGACCGCUACAGCUCUCUGUCAGACAGACUGGUCCAGAAAGGUCGUAUUGGACGGAAAGUGGGCAAAGGUUGGUACAAGUACGAAAAAUCUGGUGGCAAGGUUGCGACCCCUGACCCAGAGGUCACUCAGAUAAUACUGGAUCACUGCACGGAGCUUGGCAUACAGCGGCGCAGUAUUUCACCACAGGAGGUGAUAGAGAGGACAUUCUACGCAGCAAUAAACGAGGGCUUCCGAUGCCUGGAGGACGGAGUGGCAGCUAAACCUGAGGACAUUGAUGUCUGCUGGCUCCUAGGCUUCGGGUUUCCACGGUACCAAGGUGGACCAAUGUUUUACGCCAGUCAAGUUGGUCUGCGCAGUGUGUAUGACAAAAUAUGCCAGUUUCAUGAGCGCUACCCCAACCAGAGUAUCUGGAUGCCCUGCGAACUCCUUCGUCGACUGAGCAGGCUCGAGGUGACCCCACCCAUGAGCGAAUGGACCAUGAAGACCACCAGUAAGCUGUGAUCAGCUCCACCAGCCAAUCAGUACACACUGUGCCUUGAAGGACGCUGACAAUCAGACAGUUUCGAAUCAUUUUAUGCUUUGAUUAUAUGAGAUUUCGAGGCCUUAUCUAGCGGAGGCCAAUAUCCUACCCAAGGUUCAAAUAUUCAGCAGAAGUGAGUGAGUGAGUAUGGUUUUACGCCGCUUUUAGCAAUAUUUCAGCAAUAACACGGCGGGGGGACACCACAAAUGGGCUUCACACAUUGUACCAAUGUGGAGAAUCGAACCCGGGUCUUCGGCAUGACGAGUGAACGCUUUAACCACUAGGCUACCCGACCACCCCCUGUACAGCAGAAGCUGGUAACAAUUAACAAAUUCUCAACUUUCAUUCCUCUGAUAACAGGACCAAGAAAAAAAAAUGGCCUGAAAACUUCUUUUAAACAUUUCAAUCAAUUAUAGCAUUGAAUGAAAUGCUAAAUAACCUCUGAAUUUAAGAACAUAAAGAAAUUCUAAUUUUGGACAAAACAAUUUUUCCCAAUUUACCAGCGAUACAAACUAAAAUUUUUAUUCCACUUGUCAUUAUAAUGAACACAUACCGUAGUAAAGCCUUUAAAAAUGGCAGAAUUAUUCUAGUCCUUAUGAUACCUAAACUAUUGGGCAGUUUGGCAAGGACUAGUGCCAAUUUCUAUCGUUGCCAAAACAUGAGGCCUGUAGAAUACACCUUUCUUUAUUCAUCAUAUGAUAUGAGCAGGUAAUCUUCCAGUUUUGGACUGUAAUCAGCUUACAGAGAAAUAAUUUAUACCCAAGGAUUGAUUCCAACACGAGCUGAAGAAUUCCAGACACUAAGUAGGAACGAUCAUUUUGUUUUUAAGCAAGACCUUUACAUGAUGGUCAUUGAAUGCAGACGCCAACAAUCUUGUGAUAUUUCCUAUGUUGAUAUACAUGAUAACUACUCCUGUUUUCAUAGAAUAUAUUUAAGUUGAAUAAGGUUGCGAUAAAUUAAUAGUUUGAAUUUCAUCCAUGUUUUAACAAAAAUGUGAGGCAACGGACAUUUAAGUUUGUAUUUUGUGUUUUUUUAAACAUUUCAAUCCAUUUGUAUACAGUUAUUGUUUGUGGACGUGAUUGAGUUGAAGUGGGAAUGUUUUGUAGCACUAUGGAUAUGGUGCAUUUCAUCAAGUAAUAUCACAGUAUGGCUGAAAUAUUGCCGAUGUGACGUUAAAUAUUAACUCUCUCUCAUCAAGUAAUGAAAGAAUGGAGCAUUGAUUUUCUUCAUCUGUAUGAAUGCAUAGGGACAACAAAAUGAUGUGAUGCGGGUGUUUGCUUGAGAGGCAGAGAUGAAAAUGUACUAAAUUGUUGUGGUUUAACACUUCGAAUAAUGCCAGAAAUAAUUUUAUUUUAAUCUUGCAUAAAACAAAAUCAAUGGUGAAUUACACCAUAUUUACAAUUGUUAAGUUUGCAUAUGCUAUUGAAUGAUUUUUUUCACUAUAUAUGUAUAAAUUUCCACAUGAUCAUAUGUUUUUCAUCUGAUUUUCUUGAUCUAUUUUGAUAAAUUGCUGUUGGGGGUAUUAUGAUAGUGUUUUCAUAUUGGGUUCAUUACCUAUGUCAGCUGAUACGACCACCUUUUCACCAUGUGUGAGUGAGGUGGGAUUAAUGCUGCUUUGAGCAGAAUUCCUGUCAUCACAGCAUAUCAGUUUGAAGUUGGCAGAGAGCCCAAAGUUCAAAGAUAUUUACCAGGUUGGUAAAUCCCUUAAACACGUGUAUGCUGCGGACAAGCCAAAGAUCAAUAUCAGGGUGAUGAUGGGAAUCGAACCCAUGACAGCAGUCCACUAAGGGACAUAACUCUGUUGAGCAAAUUUGUCACCUCGCUCUUGCCUCCUGUCGCAUGUACAUAGAUUUUUUUUCUGUAACCAUGGUUAUUGUGUGAGCAAAGCAGAAAUCCGGGGAACCAUUAUGCCAUAUUGUUAUACUAUUAUUAUAUUUUGAUACAUAUUUCAUGUUAUACAGACCCGUGAAGAUCCGGAGUAGAAUAGGUCUUCAGCAACCCAUGCUUGCAGUAAAAAGCGACUCUGCUUGUCGUAAGAGGUGACUAACGGGAUCGGGUGGUCAGGCUCGCUGACAUGGUUGAUGCAUGUCAUCGGUCCCAAUUGCGUGGAUCGAUGCUCAUGAUGUCAUUCACUGAAUUGUCUGGUCCAGACUCGAUAAUUUAACAAACAUAUAUGUUAUACAACUUUACAAUUUAAUCAUAGUCUUAGAUUGAAUGGGAUUUUAAACUUUUAAAGUCUCGUCAACAAGUACCUCAGCGAUUAUCUCACUCCACAGCCUUAUUGUGUGCAGCAGUCAGUAAUACGUCAGCUUUAUCAGCGACCUGUGAACCUGGACCAGACAAACCACUAUUUGACAACAUGAGCACAUUAUCUCCAUGUUAAUCAGCUUCCAAUGGGAGAACCAGGGAUUCACAGAUUAAAUAUCACGGGCAUAUAUUGGAUGAAUAAACAACAAAGGUCUUGCAGUCUCA